AUGCGCCAUUUCUUCGUCCUCGUAAUCGCCGGGCUCGCCAACGGGAUCGAGCCCUCAUCGCGGGUCUCUCUCGCCGGCUCCGCAUCCGGUUCGGACGUGGUUCAGCAAGUCAACACCAGCGGCAGAGUCAGCAGUGGAGGCGGCGGCGGCGGCAGCGGCCGGCAGGCGGCCCGGCGGUCGCUUGAGGGCGCCAGCACGAGCGGCACGAUCAUUGGGUGCACCAACCCGGUCCAGGUGCAGGGCGGGUGCGCCGCCUCGCUCGGCCUCCUCAAGGGCGACGGCCAGGAGGCCGGCUACCUGCUCAUCACGCCGCACACCUCCACCGACGUCUGGCUGGCCGACGCCUCCAGCGGCGACAUCGUGCACAGCUGGAGCACGCCGUACGGCACCGGCCACGCCGUCUACCUCGCGCCCGGCGGCGACAUCGUGCGCCUCGAGAACAACUACUCUGCUGCCUACGACAUCGGCAUCGCCGGCGGCGCGUCGCAUAUCUCUGCGUACGACGCGGCGGGCGAGCUCCUCUUCACCACGGGCGUCAACCAGGCGACGCACCGCCUCCACCACCAGUUCGAGCUCUCGACCUUCGACGCGCGCGCCAAGACGGGCACCCUCUUCGCCCUCGCUGCGUACAAGCUCAGCUGCGAGGAGGCCAGAGGGCUCGGCCGCACCAGUUGCGAGGAGGAGGACGGCCUGUACGUCGAGGCGGUGCUCGAGAUCGACACGGAGGGCGACGUGGUGUGGGAGUGGUACAUGAGCAACCACGUGUGCGACGGCUGCGACAACCUGACCAAGGUGCCGAUCAACUCGGGCUCGGGGAAGCAGCAGGCCGACUGGGUGCACGCCAACUCGCUCGUGUACGACGCGGAGAAGGACGUGCUGCUCAUGGGCGGCGCCUACACCAACGAGGUGUACGUCAUCAAUCACACCUCGCCGAGCGAGACGCCGCUGAUGGGCGACGGCGCGCCGGCCUCGCUCCUCUACCGCUUCGGCGCGGGCCGCUUCGGCGAGCAGCACGACGUGCGCGUGCUGCCGUGCGAGGACGGCCUCUGCUUCACGGUCUUCAACAACGGGCGGUACGAGAAGAAUGGCUGUACGUUCGACGGGAACGGAGUGCAGUCGACGGAGUGCAGCAGCGAGGUGCUGCUCACGACGCUGCCCCUCGCGGUCCUCGACCCCAGCCAGGCGACGCCCCCCGCGACCGAGGUGGUGGUGCAGACGCUCUUCAACGCGAGCACGCUGCCGGACGGCCUGCUGGGCGACGGCUCCGGCAAGUUCCUGCGGCUCACCGACGGCAGCGACGUGCGGGAGCUGGACCCCUUCUUCAGCCUCAUCCUGGCGAGCGCGCAGCUGGUCGGGGAGCCCUUCACGAAUGGGUCGUACCUCUCGGUGAUGGUUGGCACGACCGGGACUCUGUUCGAGGCGUAUUGGAACGCGUCUGGCCUCGGCGCCUACUCGGACGUGCGCCUCGUGUGGCAGGUGCCGGGGGAGAACCCGCUCGGCUCGGGCAAGCCGGGCCCGGGCAAGGCGCCGAGCGUCCUCAACUGCACGCUCCCCGGCCUCCAAUUCCUGUCGGGCACGCCGAACGCGGGCUGGACGACGAGGGCGUUCAACGCGCAGCGGUACUCGCCCGACAUCGUCGGCUGCCAGCCGCCUGUGUCGCCGCCGCCGUCGCGGCCCCCCUCCGCGUCGCCCUCGCCGACUCCGCCGUCGUCGCCCUCGCCGCCUUCUCCGCCGCCUGCCCCACCCGCUGCCCCACCCGCUGAACCCCCGCAAUCACCGCCAGCCUCCGCCUCGCCCUCGCCACCACCGCCCUCUGCCUCGCCCUUGCCACCGCCGCCGCCAUCCGCCCCCUCGUCUCCGCCGGCGCCGCCGUCGCCGCGGCCGCCGCCCCACCUGGUCUUUGUGCUGACGGACGACGUCGGCUUCAACGACUUUCACGACAGCUCCGACAUUGGGGAGGCCUGGAACAACACGAGGGCGCUGCUCUCCGAGGCGAUCCAGAUCAACAGCACCUACACGGAGACCAUCUCGAUUCCUUCGCGCCGCUCCUUCCUCACGGGCCGCCAGGCGCGGCUGGUGACCCCCGGGAGGGAGGGGCAGGACUGGUCGAAGAACGAGACGACGAUCGCGCACAAGCUGUUGGCGCAGGGGUACGUGACAUACGCGAUCGGCAAGUGGUUCGCUGGCUACACGAGCUGGACGAUCGCGCCAACCGGCCGCGGUUUUGCGCGCUUCUUCGGGCAGUACGAGAACAUUUACAGCUACAAUUCGCCGUGCACCAAACCCGCCAAGAACGACGACAAGCCGCGCUGGGACACCUUCUACUCGGAGGCGAUGCCGUUUGAGACGCGCGACGCGAGCUUCGAGGCGCCGUUCUUGCGGUACGGGCUAGAGGCGAUCGGGCCCGACGGCAACGGGCGGUACAAGACGGAGCUCUACGACGACAAGGCGACCGCGUUCAUCGAGCAGCACAAGCUGUACCACCCCGACAAGCCACUCUUCCUCUAUUAUGCACCCGUCCCGAUUCGUGGCGCGGGCGGCGACAAGAGCGACCACCCGGACGAGUACAUGGACGCGCCGGCCUGCGCAGGGCUGGACAAUGAGCGGCGCCGGAAAGCCUGCGCGGCCGCCGUCGCCCUCGACGAGUCGGUUGGCCACGUCGCAUCGGCGCUCAACACCGGCGCGUACGCGAACGACGACCACGUCGUGGCGAUGACCGCCGACAACGGCGCCGGCACGUGGAGGGUCUCGUCCGGCGGCAGCAACGCCCCCCUGCGCGGGAACAAGUACGAGGUCUUUGAGGGCGGCGUGCGCCUCAAGGCGCUCGUCUGGGGCCGGCAUCCAGGCCUGGCAAGCAGCCCGCUGCUGGGGCAGACGUAUACGGGCGGACGAGUGCAGCUCAUCGACUGGCACGCGACCUUCGCCGCGCUCGGCGGGCACGUCGACAUCAGCACGUCUGAGGAGGUGGUGAAUGCCGGCCUCGACGUGUGGGCCGCGAUCACGAACAACUCUGCGUCGCCGAGGACCGAGAUGAUUGUCGCUAAAGACUUCUACACCCGGCAAGCCGGCGUCGCCUUCUGGCAAGGGCCGUGGAAGCUGAUGGUCGGCGUCGCGUACGGGCCCGACCCCAACUUGAAUUGCGACGGGGGUGCUUACGGGCCGGCAUGUGAGGUUCCUGGCGACAGCGUACUACAGCAUUUGGGCCAUUCGUUUCCAGUACGCUCGGGUGAUAACGACGCCUAUCUGCAGGUGCAGAGCUACGAUGUGUACGUCGGCCCAACGUGUAAUUGCUUGGAGGGCUUCUUUCCGAAAGGUCCAUUCGGUUCGGGCUACUCCCUCUACAACAUCGACAACGACCCGGAAGAACAGGACAACCGGACGUCCGACUUCCCCGAGCUGGUGGCGAACCUCUCCAGCCGGCUCGACGUGCUCUGGGACUCGGGCGUCCGUUCGGCUCCCGACCCAAACGACGAUUGCGACGCCAGCCAAGCGGGAGUGGGGGUCACCGGUCGGCGGCUGGAGGAGACGUGCCCCGACUACCCUCAAGGCGUGGACACCUGCACCCUCCAGCUGCUCGGGGGAAGCUGCUCGGGGGACCCGCUCCUGCCGACCCGCUGCGUGCAAGAGGCCGGCUGGUGCACCUCCCCCGUCUGCGAGUCCGCCCCGAACGUGACGGUGUGGCCGUCGCUGCCGCCGCCGCCGCUUUCGCCGCCGUCGGACCCCCCCUCGCCGCCGCCGCCGUCCGCCCCGCCCUCGCCGCCGCCGCCGUCCGCCUCGCCCUCGCCGCCGCCGCUUUCACCGCCGUCGGUAUCGCCGUCGCCUCCACCCCCGUCAGCCCCACCGCCCUCGCCGCCGCCUCCUUCCACCUCGCCCUCUCCGCCACCUCCCUCGCUUUCGCCCUCGCCGCCGCCACCGCCUCCGAGCGCAUCACCGUCACCACCGCCGCCGAGCGCAUCACCGUCACCACCGCCGCCGAGCGCAUCACCGUCACCACCGCCGCCGAGCGCAUCACCGUCACCGCCGCCGCCAUCGCCGCCGCCACCGCCCGCGCCUCCGUCGCCGCCACCAGCAGCGCAGCUGCUCGACCUUCGCACGGCCACCACGUACCAGGACUCGAGCCUUUUCGACAAGCAGGCGCCCGUGAGCGACCUGUCAUACGCCGACAGCACGACGGGACGGCCGUGGGCCGAGUGCGGCCAAUACACAAGCCAAUGGUGGGGCGUCGACCUCGGGAGCGAGGUGUAUGUGCGCUACGUGCGGCUGCAGAACCGCAACGACUGCUGCGCGGAGCGGCUGACGGACGUCGACAUCUAUCUCGGCUCGACGGCGGAGACGUACACGGGCAACGCGCUGGUGAAGUCAGACGUGAGCGUGUCAUCGAACGUCAUGUUGGAGGUGGAGAUCAACGCGUUGGGGCGCUACAUCUACCUCAACCGGCCGUCUGCGGCGGGGCUGACGGUGUGCAAGUUCUACGUCUUCGCUUCGCCCGCGCCGCCGCCGUCACCAUCACCGCCUCCCCCGCCGCCGUCGCCACCAUCGCCGCCGUCGCCGCCGCCGCCUGACGUGCAGCUGCUCGACCUCAGCGCCGCCACCACGUACCAGGACUCGAGCUUGUUCGACAAGCAGGCGCCCGUGAGCGACCUGUCAUACGCCGACAGCACGACGGGACGGCCGUGGGCCGAGUGCGGCCACUACACAAGCCAAUGGUGGGGCGUCGACCUCGGGAGCGAGGUGUAUGUGCGCUACGUGCGGCUGCAGAACCGCAACGACUGCUGCGCGGAGCGGCUGACGGACGUCGACAUCUAUCUCGGCUCGACGGCGGAGACGUACACGGGCAACGCGCUGGUGAAGUCGGACGUGAGCGUGUUGUCGAACGUGAUGUUGGAGGUGGAGAUCAACGCGUUGGGGCGCUACAUCUACCUCAACCGGCCGUCUGCGGCGGGGCUGACGGUGUGCAAGUUCUACGUCUUCGCCUCAGCCGCACCGCCUGGGCCGCCGUCGCCGCCGCCACCGCCGCCUGCACCGUCACCGUCGCCGCCGUCGCCGCCGCCGCCUGAGGUGCAGCUGCUCGACCUCAGCGCCGCCACCACUUACCAGGACUCGAGCAUCUACGACAAGCAGGCGCCCGUGAGCGACCUGUCAUACGCCGACAGCACGACGGGACGGCCGUGGGCCGAGUGCGGCCACUACACACCCCAAUGGUGGGGCGUCGACCUCGGGAGCGAGGUGUAUGUGCGCUACGUGCGGCUGCAGAACCGCAACGACUGCUGCCCACAGCGUCUGACCGGCAUUGACAUCUAUCUCGGCACGACGGCAGAGACGUACACGGGCAACGCGCUGGUGAAGUCGGACGUGAGCGUGUCAUCGAACGUGAUGUUGGAGGUGGAGAUCAACGCGUUGGGGCGCUACAUCUACCUCAACCGGCCGUCUGCGGCGGGGCUGACGGUGUGCAAGUUCUACGUCUUCGCAGGAAAUCGCAAUGGUCCACCUCCUUCCGCGUCGCCGUCGCCACCGCCGCCAUCCACCCCGGGAGCUUCCUGCAAGGCGGGGCUCUGCACUGUCAACAUCUUCGAGACGUGCUUCUACGACCCGGGCUGCGCGGCCGGGGGGCUGGGUUGCAACGCGGGCGGCAAGACACUCUGCCGCUUUUGCGAGUUUGGGCCCUACAAGGCGAUCGAGUUCGAGCCCCAGCCAAAGGUGAUCAGCCGCAUUGCCUUCCAGUCCCUCCUCUGCCACGAGUGGAAGGGGCUCGCCUAUGGCCGAGACAUAGACGAUGCGUACCUCCCAGACCUCGCCGAGAUCCACGCGCUCAGUCUAUGUUUGCGGAGCCUUGAGCACAACAUCGUUGAGCGACUGGCGCGGCAGAAGCACUUGCCGAGCCACACCGGCCAGCAGAAGAAGGCUUUGACGCACCAGAGGCCGACCCGCACAAAGGUGAGGCAGAGCAUCACGAGCUCGAAGGCCAGCGAGUUGACGAGAAUCAUCGUCGUUUGCGCGCGCCUGCGUGCGAGGUGGAUCGGGGUGUGCAUCCCGGGUUAG